CGUCUUCGCACGACAGUGCUGGUCAUUGUUUGAGCUCCUGUUUCUCUUCUGAUCUGUUAUAUUUCUCUAUAAAAUCCCAUACACACCGUCUUUCUUCCACUCUGUUUCGUCUUCCUCUCCAACCUUGUCGCCAAUAUGUCGUCGCGAAAACCUGCGGACGUCGCAUCCAAAGAGCGCAACGAAUAUAUCCCAGCAUUCAUCUCAAAGAAGCCGUUCUACGUUGAUGAUGAUGACUCUGCAAAUGAUUACCUAGAGCACCAGCGUCUACAUAAAUCGACAACAGACCAGUCGAAAUGGUACGACCGCGGGAAGCGCACUGGUCCAGCCGCCACCAAAUAUCGCAAAGGCGCCUGUGAGAAUUGCGGUGCCAUCACCCACAAAACCAAAGAGUGCCUUAGUCGACCAAGAAAGCAGGGUGCUAAAUGGACGGGCAAAGACAUACAAGCCGAUGAAGUUGUCCAGAACGUAGAUUUAGGUUGGGACGCCAAAAGAGACCGAUGGAAUGGCUACGACGCAAGCGAGUAUCACCAGGUGGUAGAGGAAUAUGAAGAAUUAGAAAGGCUAAAGCGACUAGCUAAAAACGAUUCUAAGAAUGGGCAAGAUCAAGGUGGAAACGAAGAUGCCGACGAAGAAGCUUCCGGACAAGAAGCUCGGUACGCCGAGGAAUCUGAUAUGGGAAGGCAGCAAAGCACAUCCACACGCAACCUCCGUAUUCGAGAAGAUACCGCUAAAUACUUGUUGAAUCUUGAUCUGGACUCCGCCAAAUACGAUCCGAAAACGCGACGAAUGGUUGACAUGGGCGCUCAAGAGGACCAGGCUGCUGCCCUUGUUGCUGAGGAAAACUUCGUCCGUUCUUCCGGUGAUGCUGCAGAAUUUGAGAGAGCUCAACGUUACGCCUGGGAGGCGCAAGAACGUGGGUCACAGAAAAUUCAUUUGCAGGCGAACCCAACAUCAGGCGAAAUAAUGCGAAAGAAGGAAAUCGCCGAAGGUGAAGCUAAGCGUCAAGCACAGCGAAAGGCACUCUUGGAUAAAUAUGGCGGGGGAGAACACCUUAAUCACACGCCGCUGCGCGACACCAUGGUAAUCGAAAAUGAAAAAUUCGUUGAAUACGAUGAAACAGGAGCAAUCAAAGGUGCUCCUAAGAAAGCCGCGAAAUCUAAAUACGCCGAAGAUAUUCUUACCAACAACCACAAAUCUGUGUGGGGGAGCUGGUGGCACAAUUUUGAAUGGGGUUACGCUUGCUGUUUUUCUACUGUCAAAAAUAGCUACUGUACCGGCGAUGAUGGAAAGAGAGCUUUCCAAGAAGCAGGUAACAUGCUGCUGCUAGCUGAUGUCGUUGCUGACGGUGAAAAACCGUCUGAUGACUCUGAGGAGAAAAAUGGAGAUGCUCAGGGCUCGGGAGAUACCAAUCAGGGGAAAGAAUCUACGACGAAGAAAAGAACACUGAUGGAAGUUCAAACAGGAAUUUCAGAAGAGGAGUUUGAUUCCUAUAAACGCAGCCGACUGGCAGCCGAUGAUCCAAUGGCCACUUUCAUAGGGAAAGAAUAAUUAUGCGGCUUAAAUUAUUUGCAUUAGCGCUUCUAAUUAUGCCCAGAUUUCCUUUGAUAUAUUAGCAACCAAUUCUUAAGGUAUUUGCAAGACUAAAAUGAAUGUUGUAUCAAG